AUGAUACCGGUGAUCUCGCUUCUGAGCUUGAAGCGGCCGUCGUUCUCUCUGACAAAAUUUUUUGAAAAACUCGAGAGUUUAAAAGGAUCGGUAACGGUCGGCGCGUCCAUUCUCACCAUGGUACUCGAUCCAAUAUUCGCGUUCCACAACGCGCAAUGGGUUCUCUACUAUGUCCUGCUGCAGCUUGCUCUCGUUUGCCAACCCUCGCCAUAUCGCCGCUUGUUCUUCCUCCCCAUUCUUGCCUUGACCGUAUACACCGCCUACUCCACCAAGGGCGGGUGGUUUGACGACUACUUCAUGGCCCUCCAGUGGACAGCAUAUCUGUGCAUCGGCUCGGAUUUCAUUCUUUUGACUGAUGUCCAGAAAGAGCUGCAUCAACUCACGAACAGCAAGAACGGGAUCAAACACGCCUCGCGGUGGGAGCGGAUCUGCUGGGCGAAUUCGCUGUUCUUCAGCUUCAGGGGUGUUGGAUGGGCUCAUGAACCUGUGGAAGCGCUCCCUCCCCAUCCGCCAUUGAACAUGACGCGACCGCAAUUCGUACUUGGGAGAUUGAAACAGGCAAUCAUGCUCUUCCUUUUGCACGACCUGGCUAAUCUCCACGUACGAGCCAAUGAUAUGUUCCACCCCGACGGGCCAGGAUGGCGGUCCAAUGGAUGGUUCUGGCAAAUCACCGUUGUGGCAUCGUGGGGAUUGUCUGUGGCAACGAUGCUGUGCUGUUUGUUCGUGUUAUUGAGUAUGGUGGCUGUUGGGCUGGGGCUUUCCGAGCCCAACGGUUGGCCGGCGCUUAUGAGAAGCCCACGAGAGGCCUAUACAAUCCGUCGGUUCUGGGGGCGUGCUUGGCACCAACUCCUCAGGCGGUUUGUGACUGCUCACGGAAAAUACCUCACUCAGGCUCUUCGGUUUCCUCGCGGAUCAAACGCAUCCGCAUACACCCAGCUUUUCGUGGCCUUCUUUGUGUCUGCAAUCGUCCACUACGGCGCAGAAGUAUUUGCUCUUCGCAAUUGGGGCGGUGGAGCGCUCACGUUCUUCAUGCUCCAACCCUUUGCGAUAGUUGUCGAAGAUUUCUUGAUCUGGGUCGGUCAAAGAAUGGGCUGGAACAGCCCGGCGUGGCGCUAUGUCGGGUAUAUCACGACGCUAGGCUGGUUUGUGUGGGUUACACCCAUCUGGCAGGAGCCUCUGAUUCGCGAGGGGGAAAUGGCGAGCGUCAGUCUGCCUGUAAGCCUUCUCAUGGGCGUAUGGAAGGGCCAGUGGAUGCUCCCACCAUUCCCCGAGCUAGCCACGACAAGCAUUGUCGAUUGGUACUCAAAAAAUGAAGUUGCGUGUCAAUCAACCGUGACAGCUGGCAUUAGUUAA